GCCCGCGGAGGGUGGGGCUGCCGGUGGCGCCGGGCUCGGCGCGAGGCGACGGGAAUUCCCAGGAGUGAAGCAUUUGGCAAAAGUACGGCAGGCACCAUCCGGCUGCCCACAAUUGCCCUGCUCUGGGCGGGGAAACUGAGGCGGAGGCCGACGUAGCGGCUUGACCAAGAAAUCUGCUGGCAUUGGGGACCGCCUCAGGGCUCGGAAACGCCAACUGGCUUCGUGUGUGCCAGGCAGGUCUGGGGCCGGUGGCAGCUCCUUGACCUCCCAUCAUGGAUGGAGUGCACUUUUCCACGAAGAAACCCAAGCAGUCGCUGUUAGCCAGGGCCGAUUUGGCUGUCAAAGGCUUUGACAAAACCUGCCCAGGCCCCUGUGGGGAAUCCGAAUGAGGGAGAGUGCAGACACCUUCACUGGGAAGCCAAGGACAUUUCUGUAUAAUCAGCGGAUGAAAGGAUUUUCUCAGACUCUUUUCCCCUUUUCCUGGAGGAUUAGCCCACCACAAUCUAUAAUUCCAGUGGAAACCGCAAGGCACACGAUGUGGCAGGAGCCCAGAGCGCCUGCAGGAGUGUGCUGGACCCUUUCUUUGCAUCGGGGAGUUUAACACACACCACCCACCCGUGGUCCUCCCGACUGCCUCCUGCUGAUCUCUUCUCUUUAACCUUUUCUUAUUUUCUGAGUUAAGUUCUGUUUCCAAAACUGUCCCCCGGAGCUGUGAGUGGAUUGCCAGCAAUGAGAGAUUAAGUCCCGGGAGAGGAGGAAGCGCCCCGUGUUGUGACUUCUCUCUGCUGCCGACAUGAAGCGCUUUCUCCCGGUGCUGAGCUGUCUGGCUGUGCUGGGUGUAGUGACAGCACAGCGGCAAGUCGCCGUCCAGGAAGGCCCCUUGUACCGCGCGGAGGGCUCCCACAUCACCAUCUGGUGCAACGUGAGCGGCUACCAGGGAUCUUCCGAGCAGAAUUUCCAGUGGUCCAUCUACCUGCCCUCGGCCCCAGAGCGCGAGGUCCAGAUCGUCAGCACCGUGGACUCUUCCUUCCCUUACGCCAUCUACACCCAGCGUGUGCGCAGCGGGAAGAUCUACGUGGAGAGAAUCCAGGGGAACUCGGCCCUGCUGCACAUCACCGACCUCCAGGCCCGGGAUGCCGGCGAGUACGAAUGCUUCACACCCAACACCGAUGAGCGAUACUUCGGGAGCUACAGCGCCAAGAUGAACCUAGUGGUGAUCCCAGACUCCCUGCAGACCACAGCCGUGCCCCAGACGCUGCACAAGGUGGAGCAGGACCCCCUGGAGCUCACGUGCGAGGUGGCCACCGAGACGGUCCAGCACAGCCACGUGUCUGUGGCCUGGCUCCGGCAGAGAGGCAGCGAGAGGCCCGUGGAGGUCAUCGCCCUGAGCCGAGACUUCGUGCUCCACUCCAGCAGCGAGUACGCCCAGCGGCAGAGCCUGGGGGAGGUGCGGCUGGACAAGCUGGGGAGCAGCACCUUCCGCCUCACCGUCUUCCACCUGCAGCCGUCUGACCAGGGCGAGUUCUACUGCGAGGCCGCCGAGUGGAUCCAGGAUCCCGACGGCUCGUGGUACGCCAUGACCCGAAAGCGCUCCGAGGGCACCGUGGUCACCGUCCAGCCCACAGACAAAGAGUUCAUGGUGCGGCUGGAAACCGAGAAGCGCCUGUACACCACGGGGGAGCCGGCCGAGUUCCGCUGCAUCCUGGAGGCGCAGAACAUUCCCGACCGCUACUUCGCCGUCUCCUGGGCCUUCAACAGCUCGCUCAUCGCCAGCAUGGGGCCGAACGCCGUGCCCGUCCUCAACAGCGAGUUCGCCCACCGGGAGGCCCGGGGACAGCUCAAAGUGGCCAAAGAGAGCGACGGUGUCUUUGUGCUGAAGAUCUUCCACCUCCGCCAGGACGACAGCGGGAAAUACAACUGCCGUGUGACCGAGCGCGAGAAAACCGUCACCGGGGAGUUCAUCGACAAGGACAGCAAGCGCCCCAAAAACAUCCCCAUCAUAGUCCUCCCCAUCACAGAUGACUGGGUAGUUAAAGUCCCCCAGAACCACCAGAUCCUGCCCCAAGGCCACUUGGAGAGCAGCAUCUCCGUGGAGGUGGCCAGCAAUGCCAGCGUGGUCCUCGAGGGCGAGCACCUGCGCUUCUCCUGCAGCGUCCGCACGGCGGGCAGGUCGCAGGGCCGCUUCUCCGUCAUCUGGCAGCUCGUGGACAGGCUGAACCGCCGCAGCAACAUCAUGUGGCUGGACCGGGACGGCACCGUGCAGCCGGGCGCGUCCUACUGGGAGCGCAGCAACUUCGGGGGCGUGCAGAUGGAGCAGGUGCAGCCCAACUCCUUCAGCCUGGGCAUCUUCCACAGCAGGAAGGAGGACGAGGGCCAGUACGAGUGCCAUGUGACCGAGUGGGUGCGGGCCGUGGACGGCGAGUGGCAGGUCGUGGGGGAGCGCUGGGCCAGCACCCCUGUCUCCAUCACGGCUCUCGAAACAGGCUUCGCGGUCACAGCCAUCUCCCGCACGCCGGGGGUGACCUACAGCGACUCCUUCGACCUGCAGUGCAUCAUCAAACCCCAUUACCGGGCCCGGGUCCCUGUGUCAGUCACCUGGCGGUUCCAGCCAGUGGGCACCGUCGAGUUCCACGACCUGGUGACCUUCACCCGGGACGGAGGGGUCCAGUGGGGGGACAGGUCCUCCAGCUUCCGCACCCGAACGGCCAUUGAGAAGGUGGAGUCCAGCAACAACGUCCGCCUGAGCAUCAGCCGAGCCAGCGACACGGAGGCGGGCAAGUACCAGUGUGUGGCGGAGCUGUGGCGGCAGAACUACAACAACUCCUGGACGCGGCUGGCCGAGCGGACCUCCAACCUGCUGGAGAUCAGGGUGCUGCAGCCAGUGACCAAGCUGCAGGUGAGCAAAUCCAAGAGGACCCUGACGCUGGUGGAGAACAGGCCCAUCCAGCUGAACUGCUCCGUCAAGUCCCAGACCAGCCAGAACUCCCACUUCGCGGUGCUCUGGUACGUCCACAAGCCCUCGGACGCCGACGGCAAGCUCAUCCUCAAGACCACGCACACCUCCGCCUUCGAGUACGGCACCUACGCCGAGGAGGAGGGCCUGCGGCCCAGGCUGCAGUUCGAGAGGCACGCGUCCGGGGGCCUGUUCAGCCUCACCGUCCAGAGAGCCGAGGUCAGCGACAGCGGCAGCUACUACUGCCACGUGGAGGAGUGGCUGCUGAGCCCCAACUUCGCUUGGUACAAGCUGGCGGAGGAGGUUUCGGGGCGCACAGAGGUCACUGUGAAGCAGCCAGACAGCCGCCUGAAGCUCAGCCAGGUGCAGGGGAACCUGUCGGUCCUGGAGACGCGGCAGGUGCAGCUGGAGUGCGUGGUCCUGAACCGCACCAGCCCGGCCUCCCAGCUCGUGGUGGAGUGGUUCGUGUGGAAGCCCAACCACCCGGAGCGGGAGGCCGUGGCCCGCCUGAGCCGAGAGGCCACCUUCCACUACGGGGAGCAGGCGGCCAAGAACAACCUGAAGGGGCGGCUGCACCUGGAGAGCCCUUCCCCGGGCGUGUUCCGGCUCUUCCUCCAGAACGCGGCGGUGCAGGACAGCGGCACCUACAGCUGCCACGUGGAGGAGUGGCUGCCCAGCCCGGGCGGCCUGUGGUACAAACGGGCAGAGGACACUGCCGGGCAGACCGCUGUCACAGUCACGCGACCAGAGGCCGCCCUGCAGGUGGACACGGUGGUCCCCAACGCCACGGUGACCGAGAAGGCAGCUUUCCAGCUGGACUGUAGCAUUGUGUCGCGCUCCAGCCAGGACUCGCGCUUUGCGGUGGCCUGGUAUUCCCUGAGGACUAAAGCCGGGGGGAACACGGGCAGCCCUGGCCUGGAAGAACGGGAGGACGAGGACGAGGACGAGGACGAGGAGGAGGAGGAGGAAGAGGAAGAGGACCCAACAGAGCGGAUGGCCCUGCUGAGCGUGGGCCCCGAUGCCGUGUUUGGCCCCGAGGGCGGCCCCUGGGAGGGCAGGCUUUGCUUCCAGAGGCUGUCCCCCCUGCUCUACAGGCUCACGGUGCUGCAGGCAAGCCCCCGAGACACAGGCAACUACUCCUGCCGCGUGGAGGAGUGGCUGCCCAGCCCCCAGAAGGAAUGGUACCGGCUGACGGAGGAGGAGUCGGCCCCCAUCAGCAUCCGAGUGCUGGACACAAGUUCCACCCUGCAGUCCGCCAUCUGCUCCAAUGAUGCGCUCUUCUACUUCGUCUUCUUCUACCCGUUCCCCAUCUUCGGCAUCCUGAUCAUCUCCAUCCUGCUGGUGCGCUUCAAGAGCCGGAGCUCCAGCAAGAACUCGGACGGGAAGAACGGGGUGCCCCUGCUGUGGAUCAAGGAGCCGCACCUCAACUACUCCCCCACUUGCCUGGAGCCGCCCGUCCUCAGCAUCCACCCAGGAGCCAUAGACUGAGGGCCCCCCGGGGACGCCGGCCACCAGGGGCCGAGGGCCCCCACGCUGCCUCUCGCUCUGUGAUGGGACAGCAGACAGCACCCAGACUCCGGACAGCCCUCCCAGAAAACUGUCCGACGCGCGAUGUGUUCACAGUCCCCGGCCAGCCACAGAGGCAGCCUGCUGCCUGUGGGUGGCGGCCCCGGUGGGUGAGCGAUUUCCGGGCAGGUGUGGUCAUCCCGCGGCAUUAGGUCUCUUGUUUUCGUUCUUGGUAAUGUAGUGAGCGGCGCUGGUGCCACGCCUACUCACAGGUAGUAAUAGGUAGACGUCGCAGGGGUCUCACUCUUUCUAUUGGACUCUUUAAAAAACCCGUGUUUUAUUCUUUUUGGAUUUCGUAAUGUUGUGGACGCAUUGCUCUUACGUACAACGGAUGAGAAAAGGAGAGACGGACUUUAUAGAGUGAAGGAAUCCCUUCCAGGACCUUUGGUUUUUGCACACUUGAAAAUGCCACCACCAGUGGAACAAAAGACACCCGAACGUUUUUUACUUCCUUCGUGAGACUUGAAAAUGAUGGGAAGUGUGGGCCCAGUUUGUAUCUGAUCUUUUCCCUCAGCUGGAGUUUUGUUGUUUUGCUUCAAGAACUGUGUCUGUGCCAGAGAAAUCCUGCAUAAGCCCAUUAGGAGACAGGAGAUGGUGGCCGGCCAGCCUUUUCGCCAGGGAGGCGGAAAUCGGCGUCCUCCCAGCCUUGCCAAAAAAUCCGAAACCUUGGUUGGAGAACAAGUCAAAAGCCCCAGUGUGGGCAGGGGGAGCUUUCAGCAGCGACUGACUUGCAGGUCGGUCAGAGCCCGUGGUUAGUGGAGGGAGGAAGAAGGGCUAGUUGUUGGCUUGAUGCGGUCACCGAGGGCAGUCUGCAGCUGGUAGCUGAGCAGGUGGGCUUCCGUGCUAAGGUGCUUUGCCAAACUCUUAAGAGAAAGUGGCCAGUGAGCCGGGGAAGGGGACAGCGCUGAGCUGAACACAUAGCCCAAGCAGCCCCACUACCCUGGCAGAGGGCACUGGGGCCUGCACAGCUCAGCCCCUUGCACAGGGGGCAGCCCGCUGUGGGAGCUGAUUUCGGGGAGCAGGCAGGAAUGAUGCCUCCCUGGAGGUGUGAAGGCUGGGUUUCUCCUUCCUUUCCGUUAGGUUUUCCUCAAAGAUACGGAUGUCUUCCUUCCUCACCACUGAUCUCUCCCUGCUUCUUGCUGCCGCGCCCAGGGAGGCCCCCCCUCCGCUGACGGUCCCCGGUCUCCGGAGGAAGCACCACACGCCUUUGUCCGCAGGGGUUUUACCUUCCCUUCCUCAGAUCGUGUCUGCGGUUUAGGUGAUUUGGUGGUUCGUUGUGAUGGCAGCAUUUUAUUUAAAUGUCCCUGAGAGUCCAACAAAGGCCAGUGUCACCCUGCUGCUUUAUAGGCCAGAAGCGGGGCCCCAGGGGAGCGGCAGCGGCUGCAGGUGCUCACCCCUCCACGAAGAUGUUUCAUGCCCCGACUUGCCCGUGUUUUGCGGGCCAGGGUGCUAUCACCCUUUCUCAGUGAGCAUGCAUCUCAAAUCCCAAGGGAGUUCCCGGUUUGGAAAAGGCCAGCACGGAUUUGGGCGCUAGGUCGAACCAGAGAGAUCGCUGGGAAACCCUGUUCUGAGACUGAACAGCCUCCAGGGAGGCGGGGGGCUCCCCAGGCCAUGUGGGUGCUGACCCUGCUCUGGGUCUGGGGUGCUCAGCAGGUGCUUUGCUCCAUCACAGCUGAAGGGAAGCACUUCCUGACAGGCUCACACACACCUGCCUUCUACUCCUUGCAGGUGCACCAGUGCUCGCUCUCCUGUGAGAGCGCAGGCUCACAUGCCCGUUCCCAUUUACUGUGCUGCACGAAUGCUGUAGGGUGCAUAUCCGGCUCAGUGGUGAGGGAAGAAGGCAGUCUUUGGCCCCAUUUCGUCAUUUCAGGGCUGUGGGCUUUCAGUGGGAAAUUGCUGACCCUAACUUACAGACUGAGUCACUGAGGGAAGAAGACUUACUGGUCCUCUGUCUGAAUGGAAAGAUGCCAGAGGGCUGUCUGGGACCGGGAUGUGCACCUGAGACUUGAGUUUGAAUUGAUUGACAGCUGCAGAAAGGUAGCUGCUGCCACGUCAUUACACAGGUGAAAUCGUCGCGGGAAAUUUGAAAGAAAAGAAACCGAAGCCAGUAUUUUAAUAAUUGUUUUUCUUUCCUGUGUCUUUUCUAUGGGCUUGGGGAUACCAUCAAAGGGGGAGCAGGGGGAGCUUUUCCAGCUUUCUAUGAAAAUCCCCAGGACCUUCCUUUUUUUGGCCAUUUCUAUGGAAAUGUGGUGUCAGAUGAAUGGUAACGGUGCCCUCCAGUGGCUGGGAGACCUCAUUGCACAUUGCCGACGGGAGCUUUGAGACCAGGAGAGACUGCCUCUUGACUUCUCUCCAUCUACAAUGUUGCAUUCAUGAACCCUACACUGUGCUACAU